AUGCCUCCUCCUCCUCCAGUCGCCUCCAGCAUCAACAUCCUCCUCCUCAACCCCAAUUCCUCUCGCGCCAUGACCCAGACCAUGGAAUCCGCUGCCAACUCAAUAGCAACCUCUCUUCUUCCAUCCGUAUCCAUCAGCACAUACACGGCCCCAGCGCCAUCUCCGGCCAGCAUCGACAACGAUGAAGACGUACAGGCCAGCGUUGAUGCCGUUUCCAACGAUCCAGAGUUCAAGCCCGAGGGAUACGAUGCCGUGCUUGUUGCGUGCUUCAGCGUUCACCCCCUAGUCAAGCAACUUGCUCAUUCACUGAAACCUAUUCCCGUAAUUGGCAUCUUCGAAGCCAGCAUCCUGACGAGUCUAUCUCUGGUUCCCCUUGUUGAACAAGAACAACAGAAAUGGGGCAUCGUAACAACAGGUGCCUUCUGGGAGACGCACCUCUCCAAUGGGGUCGCUACCUUUCUGGGCCAACCACUGCCUGCUGCAUCUCCUACAUCAUCUCCGAGCAUCAGUGAUGACCGAUUCGCCGGCGUCUUCUCUACCGGACUCAACGCAGGCGACUUUCACACAAUCUCACAGGAGCAAAUCAAUGUGCGCCUCAGAGAAGCUACCAAGCGGCUGUUGUCCUCGGGAAACGUCACCUGUGUCGUCAUGGGCUGCGGUGGCAUGGGAGGCUUGCAAGACAUGAUUCGCAGCAUCAUCGUCCACGAAUACGGUCAGGACAGGGCCAAAGAUGUAUCCAUUGUAGACGGAGUCCAAGCCGGCGUGCUACAGCUACAGCAGACGGUGCUCAGCAGGCGAGUCUUUAGCGUAAAAUAG